AUGCCGUGUAUCAAGGACGCUCUGUCUGAGGCAGCCGAUGCUCUCCACAUCGGCGGCGGUGCAAAGAAAGACAGCAGCUCCACUGGCCCUACCGGUCAGGGUCUUACUCUCUACAUUGAUGAAAAGGCCGGCUCAGACUCUACUGGCGAGGGCACAAAGGAGAAGCCAUUUGCUACCCCUGUGGGCGCUUUUCUUGCCAAGGGACCCGAAGCUACACUUCUUGUCAAGAAGGCAGAAGGUGCAGAGGGAGCUGGAUCCACGGCCAGCGGGGAGCAGCCCGUCGCAACUAGCCCUGAUGGAUAUGCUCCCAUCUCUGGCGCAGGCUUGAAGAGGGCCAAGAAAUUCUACGAAGCCGAGCUGAAGAAGAAGAAGAAGCAAGAGGAGAAGGAGUUGGCUGAUGCCAACAAGGAGGGCGCUGAUACGCAGAGAUUCGAGGAUGCAAAGAAGGUCGUCCUUGAGCAGCCAAAGAACCCAGCACAGUACCAGAAGAUCAAGAUUCGUCAGGGUAUCAACAGUCGAGACAAGAAGGUCAAGGUAUCCGCUUGGGUCCACCGACUGCGAUCCCAAAAGGGUAGAAUCUUCCUCGUCCUCAGGGAUGGAAGCGGGUACAUGCAGGCCGUCCUCUCGGAUCGUCUCACUCAGACCUACGAUGCAAUGACUCUCACCAGCGAGUCUACCGUCGAGGUGUGGGGUACUCUCGCGGCUGUACCUGAGGGCAAGAGCGCGCCUGAUGGCCACGAGCUCGUGGCUGAUUACUGGAAGGUGAUUGGCAAGGCACCAGGUGGAGAUGACGCUUUCACCAACAAGAUCAGCAAGGACGCCGACCCAUCGCUGCUAGCCGACAUGCGACACCUCGUCAUCCGAGGAGAGACUGCCUCUGCGGUCCUCAAGGUCCGAGCUGCCGUUCUGCGUGCUUUCCGAGACGAGUACGAGUCCCUCGGUCUGCUCGAGGUGACUCCCCCUUGUAUGGUGCAGACGCAAGUCGAAGGAGGAGGAACCCUCUUCAAGUUCGACUACUAUGGCCAACCAGCCUUCCUCACGCAGAGCUCGCAGCUUUACCUCGAGACCUGUCUGCCUAGCUUGGGAGACGUCUUUUGUGUACAGGAGAGCUUCAGAGCGGAGAAGAGUCACACGAGGAGACAUUUGAGCGAGUACACCCAUCUCGAGGCUGAGCUGGGUUUCCUCAACUUUGCGGAGCUUCUGGAGCAUCUUGAACAGGUGAUCUGCGGAACUCUCGAGCGCGUCAUGGCCAACCCCGCCACUGCCUCUCUCAUCACUCAGCUCAACCCCGACUUCAAGCAGCCCAGUCGUCCCUUCCGUCGCAUGGACUACAAGGACGCCAUCAAGUGGCUCAACGAAAACGAUGUUCGCACCGACGAUGGUUCCCCUCACAAGGUCGGAGACGACAUUGCCGAAGCUGCCGAGCGCAAGAUGACCGAUGCUCUCGGCGUUCCGAUUUUCCUCGUUGGAUUCCCAAGAGAAAUCAAGGCAUUCUACAUGAAGCGCAUCCCUGGAGAUGAAGAGUUUACAGAAAGUGUUGAUUUACUCAUGCCUGGUGUUGGAGAAAUCGUAGGAGGAUCAAUGAGGAUGAGUGAUGCGACUGAAUUACUUGAAGCUUACAAGGGAGAAGGGAUUGAUGCCAGCCCUUACUAUUGGUACACGGAUCAGCGCGUGUACGGUACGUGCGAGCAUGGAGGAUAUGGACUUGGAGUCGAGCGUCUCCUAGCCUGGACUCUCAACCGCUACACUGUGCGCGACUGCUCCCUCUAUCCUAGAUUCACUGGCAGGUGUACCCCGUAGAGAGUUGAUGGAGAGAAGGAGAGGGUGGUGGCCGAGGAGAUUGUCAGGCAGUGCAGGAAAGGAGGGUGCGAGGAAGGUGCAUCCUGAUCUAGACUUGCAAGAAGAGAAAGGAAAAGAGGGGGCAUAUGGCAGCAGCAGCAGCUGCACUUGCUGCGCAGUAGUCUAGAUUCCACCAACAUUACAAAGAUCUUCCCUUCAACCCGCAGCAAUUCGACCUGACUGAUGGGACG